AGAUAUAUUAAUGAAUGCGCCGACAACAAUAUUUAAUCAUCCCGAUGUCAGCAUUUCAAAAGACUUUUGGGCCCUCCUCCAUCUCCUCUACAAGCGAAUCCUCCUGCUAAAAUAUAUUUGUGACUUUAUUUGCCAUCGCAUUAAGUCCAUCAAUCUUCAAUCACAAUCUGCGACCAAUCCCCUCUUCUUCAGAAACGCAAAGCUCAAUUGAUCAAUAUGUCGGAUCCUAAGUUAGUAUGGAACCCAGAUAAUGUUCGUGACGUCGCGGAAUCUGUCGGUAUUUCACAACUGGGAGAAGAAGCAGUGAGGGCAUUAUCACAGGAGGUCGAAUACCGGGUCGGACAAGUCAUUGUCGAAGCAAUGCGAUUUAUGCAUCAAGGGAAAAGAACAGUAUUAGGAACACAAGAUAUUUCGCAGGCGCUCAAAGUACUAGAUGUUGAACCACUCUAUGGUUACGAGUCGACGAGGCCACUGAGAUUUGGGGAGGCAAGCUUAGGUCCUGGCCAACCACUCUUUUACAUUGAGGAUGAAGAAGUAGAUUUUGAGAAACUGAUCAAUGCGCCUCUACCAAAGGUCCCUAGGGAUAUGUCAUUUACUGGUGAGAAAGAAAAUAUCAAAGCUAAGAGCGUGAAUAUGGUGCUAAUAUUAUUCAACAGCACAUUGGCUCGCGGUCGAAGGCGUCCAGCCAUCAAUUCCGCAAAAUCCAACGACAGCAGAAGCUCGUGCUAACGACCUGGUACCUAAAGGUCCGGGUGCAAACCCAGCUCUCGGAGCUUUGGCUGGCAAUGAUAAUGUUUCCGUCAAGCCUUUAGUCAAACACAUUGUGUCGAAAGAGUUGAUACUAUUCUUCGAUAAAAUCCGCGCAGCUAUUCUAGAUGAUGACAAUGAUCCAGAGGUUGUUACAUUACGGGAAUCCGCCCUGGAAAGUGUAAGAUCAGACCCGGGUCUUCAUCAAUUGGUGCCAUAUUUUGUUCAUUUCAUUGCGGAGAAAGUUACUCAUUCCUUGGGCAAUCUUUUCGUAUUACAACAAAUGUUGAAAUUAUCAGAUGCCCUCAUUUCAAAUAAAACCCUCUUUGUCAAUCCUUACAUAUCCAGUCUUUGCCCACCUAUUCUCACAUGUCUAGUCGGCCGCACACUUGGCACAGGAGCCUCGGAUGAAUUAAAGGAAAAAUAUCAACUGCGGGACACGGCAGCAUCUCUCAUUGGCGUUAUCUCGAAGAAAUACACGGAAUCAAACGCACAGCUUAGGGCAAGGCUAGCAAGGUCAUGCCUAAAGUUCUUCCUAGAUCCAACACGCUCUCCGGGAGAAUAUUAUGGGGCUAUCAGUGGACUUCUGGCAAUCGGUGGUCCUGAUGGUGUUAGAGCUCUCAUUCUUCCAAACUUGAACGCUUUCGAUUAUGUUUUAAACAAGCUGAGGAGUGACAGGACGGGGGACGAUAAGGAAAUACAGAUGUUGAUUGCGGUACUUAUGAAGGCUGUUAUGAGUCUUUCUCAGGAAUCUGAAAUUCAUAUAAAUGGUACAAACGGUGCCAAUGGUAAUGGAAUGAAUGGCUUGAUGGAUAUAGAUGACGAUGAGGGAAAAGAACUGGAAGAGUAUCUGGGACCCACUAUCGGAAAAAGGGUGCGAAAUGUAAGGGAUCAUAAGUUGAACAAGGCAAUUUUAGAAACGAGAGAGAAGAACUAGAGACAUUGUAGUAUAUGGAGCUGCAUGUCGAGACAUUAUGGGCGUUUAAGGGUGUAUCUGGGAAGUAUGGAUUUGGCCAGGGAUCGAUAUAAGGGUAUUUACUUCUACUACCUACUCAAAUAUGCAGAUGAUAUUACGGCAUCCCUUUUGCAUUCAUUAAUGAGUAGGGAUGUACCUUAGUGGGAAAUAAUGAAUUACAAUAAUUGACACUUGGAUGGAACUCCCUAUUGAUGAAUCACUUCGUGUACAUAUAUUUUUCUGUGUCAAAUU